AUGGCGGAGCGGCGGCGGCGGGCCCGUGUGCAGGGCGGCUGGGCCGGCGCGGCGGCGGGCAGCGCCCGGCUCGCAGCACCUAAGGCACCCGUGGGCAGCAGCCUUUCCCCUGUGGGCACCAGAGCAGCAUGGAUGAGGGACUCUCAGCCUCACACUCAGAAGCAGUUUGUCUUUGAAAAGCCAUCAGAGGUGGAGCGCAGAGUUCCCGAGGCAGGUGUGAUAGACAAGCCUGGUGUGUAUGAGCUCAGCAAAGUACCAACAGGCAUUUCUAGGAUUCAUUUGAUUCCUGGCUUUAUUGACUCUGAACAAGCAGACUGGAUGUUUGAACAACUCCUCCAAGACAUACCCUGGGGUCAGCGAACUCACAUCAGGCGGGAAGGAUCUUUUGAGGAGCCAAGGCUUACCUCCUGGUACGGGGAGCUUCCUUACACCUAUUCCAGGCUCACAAUGCAGCCAAACCCAAAUUGGCAUCCUCUGCUGACCACGCUCAAGGAGCGCAUCGAAAGGUUCACUGGCUACACCUUCAACUCCCUGCUCUGCAACCUCUACCGGAACGAGAAGGACGGGGUGGACUGGCACAGCGACGAUGAGCCGCUGGGAGCACAGCCCGUCAUCGCCUCCCUCAGCUUGGGUGCUACUCGCACCUUUGAGAUGAGGAAGAAACCCUCCCCUGAGGAGAAUGGAGACUAUACUUAUGUAGAAAGACUAAGAAUCCCGCUUGAUCAUGGGACUCUCCUGCUGAUGGAGGGAGCUACCCAGGCAGACUGGCAGCACCGAGUGCCUAAGGAGUAUCACUCUAGAGAUGCACGCAUAAACUUGACCUUCAGGAUCAUUUAUCCAGAACCUGAUGGAGUUUGGAAGUGAAGAGGCACUUUGGGCACUGUUGGAUAUGAACCUACAGCGAAUCCAGAACCUCAGCUUGCUAAAGCUUUAAAGGAGAUCUCACAGGAACAGAGUUCUGUGAAAUGCCUGCUGGGGAAAAGAAUCAAUAUUGUGAAGAUCUUUGACAAUCAGAAGCUGCCUGUGCUAUUUGGAUGGGGUUUUCAGAAAUUAUAUGCAAUUAGGUGAUACUAAAUCAUAGCCUUUAAGUUUCUGAAAAGACAGACAUCAUUCUUAAAAGCACAUGAACAAUCUGGGAGGUACCAACUGGAGCAGAAGGAUUCAGUGAGCAGUUAUUUUUGCAGCCUGUCUCCCUUUUCCCCCAAGUAGUAAUCUACGUGCUAAGUGACCACAAGACAAUUCAUGCAAAGUCAGCUGGACGUGUGCUGUGUGGAUGGAAAGGAGAAAGCUGUGCUUCCCAUGACCUCCCCAUAGCCCUCAUUUCACCCAGGGGCAGUGCCUGCCUUUAUAUUCGUAGGCUGCAGUCUUUUCCAAUCAAGCAAUCGAUUUCAUUAUGUAUAAAACUACUUGGAUUAUAUGAGUGUCUAAUAGAACAGAGGAUCAAGGCUCCCUUCUGCUCUGCACUCUGUGUCAGACCUUAUCCUGUUUAUCCAUGUAGAUAAGACAAAGGCAAGCACCAGAGAACCCUGGGCCACGAGCCUGAUCAGCCAGUUGCUUGAGUACUAACAGUCUUCCAUCCCUGCUGGCUUAAAACUGUUACCUGUGUCACAGGCAGGAAAACAGGCACAAAGAGGUGCAAACCAUCACUUGCAGAUUUGCUAAUAAAUUCUUGGUUUCAUUUUUGGUUUUAGCACAA